AUGGUGAACGAAAAUUCUCAUGAAGGAGAGAACCAACAAAUAUUUGAAGAUGCAAACAUUGAUCCUAUACCUCGAAAAUGUGAUUCUGAAGUAAAUGAGACAGAUGACAGCGAACAUUCUCUAAGUGAUAAUAAAUUGAAUAAUGAUCAUAUUGCUAAAACAUUUGAAGACUAUUCAUAUCCUUCAUUUAUACCAUUUCAAGGGCCAAAUAACACACAAUCGAAAAAUAAUGAUAAAUUUUUAUGGAUAUUAAUAUGGAUAAUGAACUUUCGUAUAAGGUUUAAUUUACCAGAAAUGGCCACGGAGUCACUUAUAAAAUUUAUGAAGCUUGUAUUAGAAGAAACUGGCAUUGAUUUACCUAAUGGACCAUCUGAACAUUACCUGGCAUACAUUUCAUGGUAUCACCCUGCAGAUUCGACAAGUAUAAGUACUGGUAUACCAUAUUCUCAGUUGAUUCAUUCUAGUAAAGUACAAAAUUUCAAAGUGGCAAAAUACG